GGGGCCGCGUGUAUCCUGCUCGAGAGACGAGCAAGGAUUUCGUUGUUCGCGCUUCUUGCAGACAUGUCGGAUCGGUCGGCGGCUAUCACGGUCAUCGAAAAUUCCUCGAUUUCGCGGGCUCUCGUCGCGCGUCGUUCCUCCAGCCGAUCGGAUCAUCGAAGAAUCUCGGUGCAGCAUCCGUAAAGAAAUCUCGUGGCUAAACUUCGACUAAACGUCGUGUUAAUUAUCGCGACUAUCGGUGUGUCGGUGUCCGCGUCUUCGAGUGAUCGACUCGGUCCAGCUACGAGUCUAUUCGCCAACGAUUGACGGCUACUCUCGGUCUUAUCGACACGGAAUUGGAACUCGUCGGUCUCGAUUGAACGACUUUGGCCUGGUGAUACGUAAAACCGUCGGAAAAAUCGCCAGGCCGUUACGAAACGGUACGUUCUCGCUGGUGCAGGUCCAUGUCCGUCGAAUAAGUGGGCCGGUCAGUCCCGAGGCUAUAGGCCAGUCCGAGUUUCGUACUGGAAGAUCGACCACGGACGGAGAACCGUGCUGACGAGAGAGAAAGGGCGAAGAUUGCCGGAAAAGAAAGCAGAGAUCGUUGGACGCUCCGUUGAGAGAUAUGAGUCACCCGUUCCAUCGUGAAUGAGCCAGAGAUGGUCCAAGUUCUUAUCCGGAGAAAGAUUUUUAAGGAAUCGAAGAUAAACGACGAACGAAGCGAAGUACUCGAGUCACCUGUUGUGCACUAUACGAGUGAAAUAUCGUCAAUCCUCGAAUAAAAUAUCCAGCGUGGGACAGGGACUUCCGAUCUAGAUUAGAGAUUACGAGAAAGAAUACGGUAUCGAGGAUCUCCGAGCACGUUGAAUCAAGUAUGUAAGACGCGUCUUGGUGGUGAUCGAGAACGAAAGAUCACUGGAAGCUGUUCCCAGGGUGAACGAGGAAGAAAAGGUCGAUCGGAAAACGCGGAUGAAUUGAAUAGUUCCAAGGGAGUCGAGGAAGGCAUCCUGCAAGGGUGAUUUCCAGGCUGCUGGCGAGAGGACAAGAUAGGAAGAAAUAGGAACGACCGAGGAAUAAGUGGAAAAGGACAAGAUGAGCAGACGAAUCGUGCCACCGGCUGGGCUAAACUCCUGCGAGAGGAUAAGGCCUGAACGACCCAGGAACCCCAUCCAGAGACUCGUAUGGGGUCCCGGAUCUCAAUUUCUAGUCGGUCAAAUCGGCUUGCCCGAGGACGAGGGCUCGAAUCCACGAAUGGCUCUCAGAAGACUCCUGAGGCUGUACGAGGGAAGACAGUAUCGCGAGGCAGCCGGAUUCCUGAUGAAGCUGCCGCACUAUACGCUAAAAGCGACCCUGCCGGACAUACCGGUGGACCUGUUGAUCGAAACGCUGCCACACAGUCUGUCCCUGCUGGAGGCACUCUAUUCGAGGCUCCUCGAGCUGAACGUCAGCGACACGAAGAUCCUGCGCGUAGAACAGGUCCUCUGGAGAAUCGUGCAUCUGAUCUCGAUUAGCCAGGAUCACUUCCGCUUGAGAAUUUGGUGCAAACUGCUAGUGUCCCUGGGUAGAUUGGCUCCCAACGCGAGGAACAUGCUGAUGGCUAGGAAGAGGGCUUUGGAGAGGGCAGUCGAAGGACUUGGGAAACACGGACUCGUGGCUUCGCCUCAGACCGGCAAUUUAGAGAACGGCGGUGCCGCGAAUCUGCUUCCUUUGCCUGUGGCCCUCAAAGAGGAACUCGAGAACAGGAUAGACGCGUACAAGCUGGCCGUGCACAAGAUCGAGAGCUUCGGGAAGAACGCCAGAACGCACAAAGCGGACCAAGGUGUGCAGGCUGCAUCGCAUCAGCGGCAACUUUCGCUCAAGUAUAGCGAGAUUCAGCAAAGGCUCAUCGAUAAUCAGAGUCUGCUGAACACGCUAGAGAAAGCUGGCGACCCGAGCGGCUUAGAAAGUCUGCUGUCCGAGCUGAAACGAAGGGUCGAACAAGACAAGGAAGCUCUCAGACAAUGGACGGCCUUGAGGAAAUCCACGCUCGGCGGCAACACCAAAAAUCCACCCUUGGCUGCGAAGCUUCUGCAGUUCUCCAAGGGCUGCGACCUGGCCUUGCAACUGAUGCACCAGGACAAUCUACAGGUAUUCCAAUUGGAUGAGAAUCUGGCGGACGACUACGAGGAGGAAUCCAGCAGCAGCGCUGGCUAUCACACGGACGAGAGUUGCAGCCCGACCCCCGAGCCGGUGGUUAGGAACAGCUGCGAGCUUCGCGGGACGGAAGAGAAUUUUUCGAGUUUAACUUCCGGCGAUGUGACCGCCGAACGACUCGCCGAAAGAUACGCCGCUCUCUACGGCCAGGCGCAUUUGCAUACCCUGGACGCUCUGGACGCUCUGGAACCCCUCAAGAACGCGCCCGACUUGAAAGCCAAGAUUCUCUAUUCAGUGGUCGUGCUCUCCUGGCGUUUGGCGGGUAUGAUUCAGACAUCGAGAUACCUGGAGGCGCUGAAGGUUCUAAACGGUGGUACCACGGCGCAGUCGGCGACGCCGGGGCUGGAGGAAUGCGUGAAGCGGCAAUUGGCGACUUCCGGUGCCCGAACCGGUUCCCAGGAGGUCGCGGAACAGGUGGUCAGCCAGCUGGAGAGAACGCUGUACGACUUUCCGUGUCUGCAGGGAUGCGCCGAGGUCAAAAACUACGCCACUGCGUGCUCCAAUUUGGCCUGGGCCUGUUUGGCGCGUGCCACGCCGUUGGUUCUCGACGUGGCGCAGGCUUUAGAAUUCAGACGCGAGGUGCACGUGAGACAUCACGCAUCACCUGCACCAAACGGCACGAGGAUCAAGACGGUAUUGUGGCCUGGCUUGAGGGAAGGCUGCCAAGGACCUUGCCUUCACAGGGCAGUUGUUCUCACGUCUUGAGACGGGGAGGGGGAGGAGGAAGGGUAAUCGAGUCCCGUAAAGUUAAACGUCGACCUUUCUUUAAUCCCUCGUUUUGUUCGAUUACGUGUACUCGUGUUAAAACGGUAAGAGGUUAAUAUACGGUACGCCAAAGUUUAACAACUUUGCGAAACUAUAUUUUUCGUGUAUCAUUUGAAACCAACCACUCGCCACUGGGACAAGAGCUGUUAUUUUUACGAGGGAGUUUAAAAAAGUUUGGAAACCACCGGCUCGAGAGUUACGAUCCGAUCGAAAGCGAGGGGAAAAGUUUGUUUCGAGAAACGUCGGGAACGUUGAAUAAAUGAAUCGAACGGAAUCGAAGGAGAAUCGACUCCUUGGAAAUAGUUUCUCGAGCGUUCGCGUCCGACAGACCGUACGAAUUAAUUGAACGAAUCGACGGGUGAGUCGGUCCUCGAACCGUGGAAAGGAAUCGUAUACGAAGUGGCUCGCGAGGGCGACGUCUACGCCAUUGGCUGCUCCGAUUUCCACGCGUGCUUCGUCGCGAUCUUGAAUUUCCCAAGGGGAACUGGAAUUACAUUUAUACGCCGCCUUAUGUAACAGAAACGCGUCGCACUCUUUACCGUCGCGAAAUAGGGGUUUAGCGUUGCCGGGCAUGAUGGGAUUCUUUAAAACCGCUCGGAUGAGAUAUCGGAGUUGUUUUCAGAAUCGCUGGAUCUCGACAGCCCGGGAUUAAGUUCGCGUUAACGGAGUCUACUAGCACGGAGUCUAUCAGCAACUGUACAUCUUCGAUAUCCUGAUUAACUGUACAAAGAGCACUUUCAUUUUUUUUCAGUACUACGAUAGUAUAGAGCUACGAUAAUAAUAGGUAGACUGGAAAGUAAUGUCGUUUCUUUUACAUUAAAUUCAAAUGAAUUUUUCCAUUUUUAAUCGAUUAUGUAAUCGCCCUCGUUAUCAACAGACUUUUGCCAUCUAGUGUGCAGUAUUUAAAAUUUCAAAAACGACGUUACUUUCCGAUCCACUUAAUAUUGUUGUCUUAUGCAGCUGGAAACAACGAGGUUCGUAUACGCGAUUCAACCUUGCAUAGAAGAUUCUGUUUCGUCGUUACCUUCACGGAUUGCGCUCGAAAUAACCUUGCAUUUCAACGCAUGCCUGAAGACGUCUUGUCGCUGGUCCGGUUACUCUUUUGCUACUUCCUACAGUUACUUAAUUCAUUUCUCGAAAACUAUUCGAUUCUAUGUAACGACGAUUACGAUGCAAUCCAGUACUUCAGCGUUACCCGUUUCGUCGUUUAAUACGGUUUUUUGUUCGGUCGCGCAACCGAAAACCGGGCUACCACGCUCGGGCAAAAAAGUUCCCUGAAAGUUGUUCCGAGAAACUUUUCGCGCGACACAUGUCGCGUCCGUAAGAAAUUUCUUCGCGACAUCGCGGACGUAUCGUGUAAGUUUGCGCUCGAGGAGUGGGCACAGAUGCUCCGGAAAUAUCUAUAGGCGGUUGGCGAAACUCGACGUCCGAAAUUCUCCUUUGACGCGACUAAAAAUUGUUUGUUCGAUACGUAUUAAUAGAAACUUAAAGAGAAGGGGAUGACGCUAAAGAAUCAUCCCCGACAGAAUAUAAAGAACUCGAACGCUGGCUCUGUCGAUCACCAUGCGAUAAACCCAGAAGAAAUUAUCUCCCUCGCGACGAUCCCCUUUGACAGGAGCUACGUGUCCUUCGCGAGAAUAAUAAGAUCCUUUGCGGACUUUAAAUUCGACGAUAAAUUAUUCCCUUCCGUAGGAAGAGCUCGCGAACGACUCGAUUCGCUAAGCUUACUUAUUCCCAAGUGGAGUGAUUUUAGGUGUGCAUUAAUGUAUAUUUGAAAACCCCACGAAGUAAUUAAGGACGAUUUUGUUCCUUAAUCGGUAUUAUCCUCGCUUAAAUUCGAGCUUCGAGGAUUAGAGCUCGCGUACAACACCGCGUUCCUUCGCUAGAAGACGUUAAGACUGGUUGCUCAAGGGAUUCUUUUAGUCUAAAACUUCAAACACGUCUUUCUAUGAAUUUUCUACUCGAACGCUAUCAACGGUAAAGCUUACGGUAAACUUUGUGCGAGAAAUAGAAAAAUAUCGAAAUAUUAAAAGUAUUAAAAAUUUAUUCGAUCGUUUCUUAAAGCUUUUCUCCCAAUUUUAUUUCCCUUGACAGUCUAACGUUUAAAACAACCCCCGGACAAUCGAGGUUCUGCUAUAAUUAACGCGCGGCCUGCGAUAAUUCUCAACAAGCCAGUGACGAAGCAUCCAGACGAAUGCAAACACCGAGCAUUCCGAACGUAGCGGGCACUGAAGCUCGCAAGCCAUGUAACUUAAUUGCCAAACCAAUGGGGACCCGUCCUUUGACCAGAUAGCAUCUCAAAGUAAACGACCGCAACGUUACUCCAACUUCUUUCCCGGGGCGUUCCUGCAAAUCAGCUGUCGAGGUUAAAGUACCGUAACUACUGGUCACGUAUUUCCAAGAUUUAUUAUAAACCUCAUUUUCUAUAUACAUCAUUCAUACAUCGUGUUUCAACUCUCUCCUAUUUAAUCGUAACAAGUAUAAAAGUACGUGAAGCGCUCUAACGCUUUGCCUCUGUUAGUUUUAAACGUUCUUUCCAGUUCGGGCAAGAGUUGUUUGCAGAGAUCUUAAAAAGGUACGGUUUAAUAAAAAAAAAAGAAGAAUGAACGUGGAAGAACUACUCGAAUAAUAAACGCCCGACUUUGGUCGAACCGCUCGACGAAUUCCUAUUUCCGAACACGUAAUACGAUUCCGUCGAACGUCGAGUAUUUACGUCUAAACUUAACCAAUACGCUUUGAUUGUAUGCAUCGUGUAUGUUCCCUCUAUGUUACGGCUAACGCAAGCUAUUCAACGACAAGCGGUACCGAGCGACGAAAUUGCCUCGAGCUCCGUCAAGCGUUUAAUCUUAUAAAUUUCAAUCGGAAAGAACACAAGGUCUACGAUCGUUUCUAUGAAUGGUUUGCUGCACUUCGUCGCUCGGUUUCGGGUGAAAACUAUUACGUAACAAUUUAACCUAUCAUAAAUAUCAAAGAAAAUUUUACGGCGAGAGUUUAUCUAUACGAACGUUUCUACGUUCGGUAACAAAACUCUGCGGUCAGGGUAAAUAAAAACUCUUUACGAUACCCUCGGUUACUCGUUAUUAAAGUAUCCUGAAAUGGACUCGCGCGUAUCGAGAUUACGAAAAAUAUAUAUUUUAUAACGUACUACCUUUGCAAUGCGGAACGAACCAAAGCAAUUUAUUUCUCUAAAUGAUAAACUGAAACGAUGAGUCAGUCGAUCGGUCCUAAAAUGAAAAGUAAAAGUAAAAUGCACGCGAGAAGUGGUAGCGUAGUUUGGAGAAAAAUAUAAUCUAUCGAUGAGCCGAUCGAAUGCCGUAAUGACGUAAUUCGAAUCGGAUGAAAUAAUUGUCGAAUAUCGAAGAGAGGGGGGACUUCUACCGUUACGCUUUUCUUACAAUUACAUUCCGUCAUUCGUAUAAAACAUCGAGUAUUAAUGACAAGUACAAGACAUAGUAUAGUAACAAUAUAUGUAUAGUUAAGGUUUAAAAAUGUAUUCGUUUCGAAAGCGAUGUGUGGUUUUUUUUUGUUUUUUUUUUUUUUUUUUUUUUUUUUUUUAAAUGAGCCUCCGUCGUGUAAAAUUUCACGGAAUACACAAAGGAAAUCAGACAUGUCUUUAGUACGAUACGUUCCAAAGAAUAGGUUCCAAAGACUCGCGUUUACAACUCGAAGCAUUCGAGAGAACAGACCCGAAGCGAACUUCUGCGCAGUAUCGAGAAAACGUCAUCCAACAGAUUUCAAAGUCAACGAUAUAGUAACGCUUAUAACCAGAUUCUACCUUGCCGAUAAGAGCGUCAUGGCACAAGGACCCGCUUUCUUCGCGUUCGAAAAUAUAUUUAUAUAUAUGUGUAUAUAUACGUAUAUACAGAGUUUGCUGAAGCGAAUGGUUCAAACUUUGCGCGAGUAUUCAUAAAAAUAAACAAAAACAAAAAGUGUUAAUAAACUCUAGAAACAAGCAGUUUCGAAGUUGCA